ACCUCACUUGAGCUAGACGUUUUGUCUAAGCAAAUCUUAAUAUGAUAGAGCAAUUCUUUAGUGCAAAUUCUAAUACUUCAGGCAGCGCCUGUACUACUUUAAGCUAUUUGUGCGUGACACCAGUGUUGUGACAGUACUUCACUUCGACUUAAAAAUGUAAUCAAUUACUUAACCUUAUUUCUGCAACUGCUACAUACAGAAUCUUCUUAUUUAUAUGUGUCCAUAUGAAUUAUAAUGUUCUUGCAACAGAGCUUCUAAACUUCUACUUUACUUGGCUUAUGAUUUUGUCACUGCUCUGAACGUCAGUACUUGACUUGAUCGAUCUUCUCGGUGGUACAUAGAGUUCUCACCAUUGCUCCAGUAAUGAGAUAUGAGAUGACACGAAUUCACGUACUGAUGUUUAUUUCUUUUCUUAACCUUUCUUCCAUAAACACCGUGGAAAGGUAAAAGUAUUUUACAAAUAAGGUUGUGAAAUUACGGAAAUACAUACAUUUCAUCCGUUGAAAGUAACAAGACAGAAAGGUAUACUGACUUAAGAUCGACAAAUAUCGGUAAACAGGGCACACGCGAAAGCGUCACGUCAUGUUAUUAAAAGGUUAAGUUUUUUGUGUUUGCGGUUAGUCGACGCAAGUUCUUUGUCAUUACAUUUACAUUUCCUUAUUUAAGUAAGCGCUUUGUAAUUUUAUCCUUUAACCAAUUUUAUCGUCGAUUGCAUUGUAAAAUCAAGAUUUUAGAUUUUAGACGAAGUUAAGCUCACACACGAGAACUUGCGUUAGAAAGAACUUUCUAGUUAAAUCUAGAAAUUGCGUUAGCGAGCGCGUGAAGAAAACAAAAAUUUCGGAUAAAAAAUAAGUGGAUUAAACGAGCGACUAAUUGCGGUAGCUACACUUGCAAUCCAGUACAGACACAAGAAACGGUGUACGAACUGUAAAGAUCACAAAGAGAUGAAUCGUCUUUUGAAACAAAAUCUAAAAUAACAACUACAAAGAACAACCCAAACCGCUAGAAACAGUGGAAGUGGAGCUGUUAGUUUAGUUUAUAGGGAUCCCUAUAGGGAAAUUGUGUAAACAAGGAAGUAUUAUUUAUUGAGAACACGUUUAACGCACGAGAAAGCGAAUAAGUCAGAUGCUCACCAAACGCUGGGACUAGAGAGAACGGUUUUGUUAAUGGCCAAUCAAGAUUGAAAUAAAGAGUUUAAGCUCCAUUUUGUGUCUGAGUCACUUUUUUUUAGAUUAUGAUCUCCACAUUAUUUUGAUGACGUCCCUGGGUAUUGUGACGUCACUUGCUCCUUGCCUACUCAAAAUAAACUAUGACAUCAUCCUAUUUUAAUGAGAUGCUACCGUCAUCGGCGUUAAUUUAUGCCACUCAAAAAGUUAAUUAAAUCCACAAAAGAGGACUAAAUAAUCCCUAAACAACUAUUGGCUUGCGCAUAGAAGUCUCACCUAUAAGCUUUCAUGGUUUCCUGAGACUUCACCGCCUUUUGAGAUGCUUCUUGUGUAUGUUAUAUGUAAUUUAAUUAUUUUCCUUUAUUUAUAUGUAAAAAAGCAAAAAAAGCAAAAAAACCAAUAAACUACUGACACCCAACUGACAGCCCUGCUUGGUGAAAGCGUACUUUUUAUGUUGAUAACUGAGCGUGACAUAUUGCAUCGGCUUACAUAUAGGAGGAAAGCGACCAGUCUUUUAUCUGAGCCCACGAGAAGGUCAUGUGAUGUUUUUCAGCGGCUGCCUAAUUUUGACAGCUGUCAAUUCAUCUUCUUACCGAUGGCCUAAACAACAGCAGGGUAGUGUAAAUAUUUGUGCAAGAUCUAUUGUGACAUUUGACGUCGGUUACAUGUAAUGUGUGUACAGACGGUCUUUCGGGCGUAUAUUGACGUCAUAACUAAGUUUUCUCGGAACCAUUGGGCUCCGCACGCGCGCGCGCGGAUACAUUCACCUUGUCUUUUGGACGCUUUGCAUGAGCUGGAAAACAUCAUUUACUAAAGAAAAUUGCAGAAUAUAUGUUUUUAAUCAGUAUUCGAUUCUUAGCGUCGUCUUACCGGCGUCUUAAUGACUAACACGUAAGUCUUAUUUUACUUUAGUCUUUAAUUUCAUCUAUACAUUUAAAGUGAGAGUUAUUGGUGUGACAUCUCUUUACCUCACUAGAUAUUUCAUUUAUCUGCCGUCAUGAAUUGCGAAGUAAAGAGUUUAUUCUGCUUUCAUUUAAUUUUCCUUUUAGUUUUGAUUACAAUUUGUCGUUUAUGUAAAUACAACUUUUCUUCCAGAUAAACCAGAUAGUGUUGAAUUGGUUGUCAACACAACUGAGAACACGAAUUGCACUGACUUGUGGGUGCAUUUCACUUGUGUGGCUUCUGUAGCCAUUCCAGCAGUUUACAACUUUCUUCUUUACGAGAAAGAUGGGGACAUAAGUCAGAGCAAAAGUGGAAUCUGGAUUAAAAAAAUAUCAAAAGGAGGAAAACAUAUUUAUAGCUGCAUUGCACUACAAGUCGUAGGGAACGUAACAAGUUCAAACAAUGUGACCCUGACUGUAAAUGGUGAGUUUUGUCAAAGGAAUAAUAGCUUGAAACACUGAGUUUCGAGUUUUCAUGUGUACAUGAACCUGUCAAUAUGUAAGAUUGCAAGUUGUGUGUACGAUAAUGCCCUCAGCCCCCUUAAGUAACGCGUAUUAACAUUUUGAACAGCUUAUCCACUUACAUGAAAAACAUUUUCUUUGCCCGAGAAUUUUGCAAGUAACAAAAGAUUUCACCUUGAUUUGUUCAAUUUCACAAGAAGCCUAGUGUUUGUGCACGUCGUAGGUGACCCUGGGCAAUUUAUUGGGGUCGGGAGGAACGCGCGACGAAACCCCCAAGUCUCCGAGAAUGGUUUGUUCAUUACUAAUUGUGCUUCAAUUUAAAAAGCUAUUAGACAGGUUAAAAACUUCUAAAACAUCUUAGAAAACAAAAGUGACUACGAUGUUAAAGAGUUUCUUGAUUGACUGUUUCAUAGUGAGAAUAGAUACUCAUCCACGUUAAUACUUUGAAUUUCCCGGUAACAAGUGUCUUAAUGGAAGUACUAGUCCACUCCUUAACACUCUUAGUCGCUAAUUAUCUCGUAAAAAAAUCAUUGUUGUUGUUGGAAACCACGUACGCUAGAGAUAAAUUUCAGCAUUGUAAUUAACGUGUCGUGUUGAGAUUGUUACAUGCCAGCGUUUUUGCUUGCCGUAUGUUAGUUGUUUUUUGAUAGGAAUAGGUCUUCUACAAUGUAUACGGACUGUAGAAGCAAUCAUAAUGUUAUAACAUUUGGCUUCUGUAUAACAAUACGUUUUAGUUAUUUAUAGUUUAGCCUUUUAUGUUUUAAUGGCUGUUAAAACAGCUUCUAUUUUGGUAAUUAUUUAGCAAUGCAGUGAAUAUGACGGUUGUGUAUUUUUUCUUAAGUACUGUUUUGUUUCUUAUUAUGUCAUGAUAAUGUUAAGAAAUGAUGUACAUUCUUUUGGUAGUUCUAGCGUCUGUAAAUAAACUAGAUCACAAGACUGUCAAGGAAGGUGCAAGUGUGUCAUUGAACUGCACUGUGAUAGGAUUUCCUGCUCCAUUUGUUGCAUGGUCAAAGAUUGGCGGUGGAGUGAUCAGUCUGGAUAGGUGGCUAAACAUCACUAAUAUCACUAAAGCGGAUAGGGGACAGUAUCAGUGCUUUGCAAACAACACUUGUGGUAGUGAUGUCACGUUUACAAGCAUUAACGUGCAAUGUAAGAGGUUAAAAUGGAUUACUCUUAGUUAGCUUGAGAGUUCUGACGGCUGUAAUGUAAGUGGUUUUGACGCCCGCGAAAGUAGCUGAAAUCUCGAAAUAAUGUUGUUUGUUUGAAAUUAUUAACAUAGAAAACAAAACGAAACGGACAUCUUUUAAACGAACGCUCUCUUUAAUUACAGUGUCAUCCACGUUUUUCGAUGACGCUAUAAGACUUUUUGGAAAAUAUCCAUGAAUACUUAUUUUUAUGAAUGCCGAUAAUGUAAAGGAACACCAUCAUAUAUGAGAAAGUUGGAAUGACGCGUAAUAAAGACGAUGACUGUGUAUAAAUUUAACGUUUCCUUAAUAUCUAUUCUUUACUGAUCUUCCUUUUUUUCUGCAGUUAAACCUGAAAAUGUUAAUUUUACUGCAAACGUUACAAGCAACGAAACAUGUCUGGAUUGGGUUGUAAAGUUCACAUGUGCAGCUGAUGCUAACCCAGCAGUUGACAAAUAUUCUCUGUAUGAAAAUGAUACCAUUGUCGAUAUGGACGUUUCAGGAGUGUGGGUUAGGCCACUAAACAAAUCUGGCCAUGUUAUUUACAGAUGCGAGGCUAACAAUUCACUGGGCAAUGAAAAAAGCAAUAGCAUUAUUUUUAUAGUUGGAGGUAAGGUUCAGUAUAGGUUGCUUAAUGGAACGUUUACUUAUUGACUUGUAGCAAAUUUUUAGCAAAGGACAUGCAGAUAUACGGAUCAGGAGAGUUUGAUUGCGGCGAAUUAAAACUCAAAUUAUUUUGUCGUCACAAGGAUAUGAGUGAAGUUAUCUCUUGUUCAUUAUGGCCUCGGAGGUUGCAUGUUAACGCACUAAAGAAUGGCAGUUUCAUUAUUUUCAUGAAUAGUUGACUUUUGUUAAGUAAGAAAUAGCUAUCUUUCUUGGCAAACACCUAUUGACAACAGGUCAGUGGAAGAAGAUUAUAGCGUUUUGAUGAAAUAUUGACACAGAAAUGUUUUUGGGAAAUCUGAGAAAAAAGUUGAGUUUUGUCUGACCUCCUUGGUCUUGGUUGUAUUGUCUUAAUUUACAUGUUAGACGUUACAACUAAACUGAGAUUCAGCAUUAAAACAGUCUUUCGUUGCUUGUGCAUCUACAAACUCAUGAAAGUGAAGAGCAAAGGCUCAUGGAUUGCAUAAUUGGGGCAAAUAAUCUGAGGACUGGAUGGCCACUUAACAAUCAUUUUAUUAAAUGUACAAAAUAUCAAAAUUCAUUUUGUUAAAUAUAUGCGCCUUAUUACCCUCCUUUACUCUUCCUUUAUUUCCUUUUCCAAAGUAGAAAAAAAAAAUAGAAAACAAAAGAAAAGCAGUUAUUUCAGUGUUUUUGACGACUUUGUACUUUGCGUUAUAACUUUGCAAUUGUUCACGCAUUUUAAGCUUUUUCUCUUUCUUUUCUUUUCUUUUCUUUUCUCAGUUCCAGCGUCUGUAAAUCAAUUAGAUAACAAGACUGUCGUGGAAGGUGACAGUGUGUUUUUAAACUGCAAUGCAAUGGGACCUCCUGAUCCAUUUGUUGCAUGGUCAAAGAUUGGCGGUGGAGUGAUCAGACAGGACGGGAGGCUAAACAUCACUAAUAUCACUAAAGCGGAUAGGGGACAGUAUCAGUGCUUUGCAAACAACACUUGUGGUAGCGAUGUCACGUUUACAAGCAUUAACGUGAAAUGUAAGAUUCUAAAAUGGAUUACUCUUUAGUAAACUCGAUAAUUUGAGUUUUUUGAAAACUACAAAGUAUUCUUUUGAUUGACAAUAGCGGAACUUGAUUAUUGAAUAAUUAAUGCUUAUUAUUUUAUUAUUUUUGUAUUUUCUUUAUUCUAACUUGACUUAUUAUCGAAGACUUUUGUAAGUACUCUGUUGAAAGGAACGUGCGCGCUGUAAAAGUCUUCUCAGUGUGGUAUGGGGUGAAUGUCAUUGAAUUAGGAAGGAGGAAUGAGAAAGGGAAUCCUGUAAAAUUUCUUAUGAUGCAGCCAGUUCAGUCGCCCAUCUUGAAACUAGCUUUUCACAAUGUUGUCUAAAACGAGGAGAAGAACUAUACUGGAAUGUUUUCCAGAACUGAUUGUGUCAACUUUAAAAAGCAUUCAUCGGUUUGUAAAGUUCAUAAAAAAGGUCAAGUGCCGCUACUUCUUUAUUCCUCACAACGUUGAUUUAGGCCCCGUGCUCUAUAAAUUCUAUGAUUAGAGGGCGCAUACAAGGGAGCCCAACAAGAUACACCUUAAACAUCCUAUACUUUUGAACUGUACAUUACAAUAUAGGAAGUUACAGCUCUUGAAUUUUAUACCUUUCCAUCACCGGCACGAUAACCUGACAUAAUUUUUUCCUAUAACCUUGUCAAGAGAGAUCGUGCUGUUCUCCCAGAUGUUAUUUAUUCUAAAACAACCUUGAUCAUCUACAAGCAACGUCGUAAGAUCCAUACAUUUUAAAUGCAAGAUCAGUUUCACAGUUUUUUUGCCCAUUUUUGCGAGAGCCUGCAAAGUAUGGAAAUUCCUUUCAAAUUAUCCUAUUUUGAUACGGGAAAUCACAGGGCAUUUAAAUCAUUACAAAGGCAAGACUGUGGCUUUAGUGUAAUCGAAUUAGAAUGCAGACCAAUAAGACAUCCUAGUUUUAUUCGCGAGUGAGUGGUAAAUCUUUUAAACCAAAAUUUAUAAGAAAAAUAUUAAUAGUGAGGUAUAAGUGUUACAAGUAACACCGAAUGUUACUAAUUAAAAUAUGGUAGAUUAACUCACUAAAAUGUACAAACAUAAUACCUGACUUAAAGUGGUCAACUGAAAAAAGUUAAUUGUAUGAUAAAUAGUACUGUUUCACCUCAGAUGUAAUUUAUAAGAAGUAUAAAAGGUUGGUUUACACACCCCGAGAUUUGUUAGCAAGAAUUUGUAAAGUAAACAUGUAGAACGCAAAAAAAUUCAGUCUGAUUUGUUUUCCAAGAAUUUGUUUUCGAGGCCUAAUCUAUUGCGAUCAAGAGCCAUUAUGGCUCUUGAACAGACUGGCUCUCGAAUGUGAUAUCGAAGAUCAUUGCUAUUUUUGGGGUGUACAUGUAAGGCUAUCAACUCGAUGUAAGAUGUUUCACUCUAAAAUAACUUAGCCUUUCCCUCAAAAGUCAGACACUUGAAUUGAAUGUACCCUUAAGUUAACUGAUUUGUGGAUUACAAGUUUAUUGUUUUUUUUUAAUUAUAAAUUUAUUAAUUGGAGCUUCGCUUUUAGCCCUGGCUAAAUCUGUAUAUUAGCUCUGUCUCAGCUGCAUGCAGGUGUUUCAUUGGAAUCUUUCAAGCUAGGAACUGCGGCUGGUGACUGAUAUUGCAUGACAAGGAGUAAAAUGGUUUUCCCUCUUGAAGAUUUUUGUUGGACAGGGUUUUGGAAGAAUUGGAUUAAAAGGGUCAGCUGGCGGACAUGCACCGGUGCCGGAUUCAGGAACCUCCAGUGGGGUACAGGGGCAUGCUCUCCCUGGAAAUGUUUGAAGUUGGACUCUCUGAAACGCAGUACAAUUUAUUGCAUUCUCUGGACCGGAAAUGGCUAACCGGGAAGCUUUUUUAAGGCAUUAUAAAAAAAAUAAUCAAAUAUUUUAUUUGGCAUUUUGGCGUAUGCAUAACUAAUUAUUGUCUGAUCAAUCCUUGAUUAAUAAAUGAAAAAAAAAACCAUGUUCAGCCUUAAAAAAGUAAUUAUUUCGUGUGUAAACUACUGAAAGUAUCAUAUCAAGCAACCGUGCUUUGUGCCCUGCGUCCAGCCUGGAAGUUGGAGCCUUGCCUUCGUUCAGUUUUCAAAGUGCGUUACAGAGGCAAAUUAAUUUCCUUAGAUUUUUGGAUAGUCUCCUUGCGACUCUAAGGUGCCUUUGAAAUUCUUCCAUCUUAUUCAACAAAUUUUCUUUCGAGGAACAUGUUCUGAUACUGAAAUGUUUCAGUUAGGUUGAACGGUUUUUCCCCUGGGGGGUAUUCCUGGAAAUUCUUGGAGGGGGUGUGCGGCCCGAUUCUCCAAAUUCUCAUGUCACAGGUUUAUUUCUUAUUCAGUUGGAACCAAUUGACAAAUAUGUUCAUACACCACCGAAGGUCCCUCGGAAACUAUACCCGAUUCCAGACCAAAGCCUAUACCCGUUUUCAUUCAGGCCAAAACGACUCAAAAUCUAUACCCUUUGGGGCGGCACAUACCGAUAUCAUAGCUUAUAUAAAGGGAGUAUACAACCGGUUAAAAAAAAAAGGUUUAAAGGCUUGUUUAUAGUUGAAAGUGCACUUAGCUUAUCCAGCUAGUUUACAGGUACUCCACUCAAAUACUUAGAAAGAAAUAAUUCAAAUACGACAUAACAUGGUUAAAAACCCCAACUGACAGGAGGCAACCAUUUGGAUAUUUACAAGCGUGGCCGAAGAUUUGAACUCGGGACGACCGAGAACAUAUCCAGCAAAUGGCCGGAGCAGGACUCGAAUCCAGAACCGCCGGAUGUCGAGUCCGACGCGCCGACCACUCGGCCACGCUGCCUCGUUAAACGGUCUCGAAGGGGUGUUCCUACCGUCGAGAAUUGACGUGCUCUUGAACCUUUCUUAUUUGUUAACAAUUUUAUCUAGAAAAAAAGAGUAGUGUAGUGUUUAUUAGUGUCUGUUCAAUGAACUGUGCAGCUUCUUUCGAUAUCCAUAUUGCUGGUUUUCAGCGUCACGCCUUUCAAAAUAGAUCAAAAUAAAAAUCAAAACCGUUCAAUAGAUAAAGUCCAGAAUCUGCGAAAUGAAAGGAGGUAAAAUGCAAAGACCCUCACCAAGAUUCAGGUCAGAGGAAUAUUUCGCAUACGAGAUAUCGGAAGAAAUGUUUUCACAAAAUUAAUAGAGAUUUGUAUGGAGACGCCAUGCUGGUGCCCAUCCAGAUGAGCACCAACGUAGCGGACGGAAACCAACAGAAACAUGUGUUACCGAGUUUUGCUACAAAAGCGUGAAUUCAUUCUUCGAGGAACUCAUAAAUCUUAAAGUAAUACUUUUUCUAAUACGUGAAUUGUUUAGAUGGCGAAAUUCCCUGAAAUAAGUUAUUUGUUUAACCUACACGACAUCUCUCCUGGCCGUCAUGUAAACGCCGCGUCACGCAAAAGCGUAGAAAUUCAUAGCGUACUCUUUCACAAAACCAAGAACCCUUUUGUAUGAAAAUUAGUUUUCAGCUGCUCUUAUACACCGUGAAAGUAAAAUAUCGGUUCUAUCGAUAGUUUUGUAGUUUGAAUUUUAGUGACGUCAGGUGAAAACCAACAAUUGUACCAUGGUGGGUGUAUGAGUUGGGUGAACGCCUUUGAGUUUAACAGGUAUUGCUUUCUUAGAGCAUAGACAAAAGUAGCGAAACAUCUCGAUUUUUAAACUAAUGUCUUCGUUACAAAAGUAUAAAAGUAACAAUUGUACUUCGACGAAGCGAAUUUGAAAUCUAAACUAUUUCUUUGUAACAUGACUCUUUAUGUUUUCUUUUUCUGCUUUGCUCUAGAUCCACCAAACAUCACUUACAUAUCUGCAAAUGUGACAGUGAAUCAGAGCGAGCAAGUGAAUCUUACUUGUAGAGCUAAUGGUAACCCUAAACCAACUAUUACCUGGACAAAAGAUAGCAAUAUCAUAAAUAGCUCGUUCACCGUGCGUGGAAAAAGCGAUGAAGGACUGUAUGUUUGCACCGCUGAUAAUGGAAUUGGAAAUGCACCCAGCAAGUCGAUGUUCGUGACUGUUGAUUGUAAGUCUACACUAACUAUACUGACUAUUAAUAGAGUCUGAAUAGCUGUUACUCAUUAAGUCAAACAAAUGGAAACUAAGCUACAAAUUCCAAUUUGCCAUUUUUGGAGUUCCAAAAGCUCUCAUUUUCAAAGCGAGGCUAAGUGCAAACCUUUCUUUUGAAAAUGAGUUUCAUUGGAACGAGGAAAAGAAAAUAAUUUUUAUAUCUAAGACUUCGACCUUAGUCUAGCUUAAAAACAGAGGCUUGGGGCAACUCGGAAAUGGUCCACUAACCAAAAAAGUCAAAAACAGCGGCUGACACUCGAUACUUCAAAGAAGACAAUAAUGACUUGCUCAAUUUUGUUAUCUCGUGUAUGUAAAGGGGGCUCGCACUUUCCUACCGUUUUUACAACUCUUACAUAUUCGUACAUUAUAUGUACUUAAUGACUGCUGAACUGAUCAGUAAAAUCUCCACAAAAACCUCCGCGUGUUUGAGUGAAACUUCACUAUUGUGAAGUAUAGAUUUGUAUGCACGUUACUGUCUUGAAGUAAACAUAAAAUUGCCUUCAUCAUUUGCAAUAUUAGGCUCUCCCGUGCGCGUUGUUUCUCUUCACCCACCGAAAGUGUUCGGUUAUCUUGCACAGAGGUUGGGAAAAAUGCUUGCAGCUGCUAAUUUAGUAGCCUGCGAAUACAGCAGUCUCUCCUCGCUCCUCGCUGCUAGGGACGUUUUGCAAAAGAGACGUCUGCGUCUCAGCGACAGAAAUUCGAUACUAAUGACGUAAAAUCUGUCCAGAAUUUGGUCAGGAGCACUGAUUGGUCGACGUAGUAGUUAUACUAUUUUGUUAAUUAGCUAUUGUUUACAAAUGACAAGAAAAAGGCAAAAGGCCACAAAGGUCAAAAGUAAAUUCGAUGAAUCAACUACAACUUCAGUGGCUUCAUAGCUCAGUUGGUAGAGCAUCGCACCGGUAAUCGCAAGGUCACGGGUUCAAACCCCGUUGAAGUCCUAAUUUUUUUUCAGGCUUUUUUACGCAAUUGCAUAAAUUGCGUUCACUGCGAAGUUCAUUUCUUCAUUUUCAUUUCAUUUCCGUAGUUCAUAUAUGAUUCAUUUCAUAUAUCAUUAACACUCAUUUCUUUCACGGGAACAUAUGAACCCACAAUUGACCUGCUCCCAACGUCAGUGGCUUCAUAGCUCCGUUGGUAGAGCAUCGCACCGGUAAUCGCGAGGUCACGGGUUCAAAUCCCGUUAAAGUCCUGAUUUUUUUUUUCAGGCUUCUUUACGCAAUUGCAUAAGUUGCGUUCACUGCGACGAUCAUUUCUUCAUUUUCAUUUCAUUUCCGCAGUUCAUAUAUGAUUCAUUUCAUACAUCAUUAACAGUGUUAAUUACGUGAGGGGCAGACGUCUUUUCUGCGAAACGUCCUAAGUGGCGAGGAGCGAGGAGAGACAGUUGCUGACAGUAAUGCUCUUUAUCGUCAUUUUUGUUGAGCGAAUUAACAGAAACGUACAAACUAUAAUUUGAAUAUAUGCAAUUGAUUGUUGAUUAUUGACACCAACAAGUCGCUGUACAUAUCUUUUUUUUGUGCCUUAGACUUUGGUCCUUUUAACACAACACUGACGAAAAGCGUAAACAUUGUCUAUUUGAACACGCCAUUCAACCUCAGCUGCAGUGCGCAAGCCAGCCCACCUGCUAGCUACCGAUUCUACAGAGGUCAAGAGAGUUUAGGGAACAUCUCAGUGAGUAAUACCUUUACGACGUCGGUAGUUAAAAGAACAAGCCAGGUGAACUACGCAUGUCUUCCUUUUAACUAUUUUGGUGAUGGGCGGACAGUGGUGAUUGUUGUGGAAGUGUACUGUAAGUAUUCUUUUUGGUUGUUGUGUGUCUUAGUGUUUUCACUCAAAAAACUAGUAACUAUGCUAUUUUAUUGGAAAGGAGAAAAGGAGAGUUUAACUACUAAAGGAUUUGUUCGGUUUUUGCUGUUUUGAAACGCCAAUAUGGCUGUCGUGACAUCGUGUGUGAAGGCUUAACAUCUCUUUGGUCCUUCUCUUCUCCUAGCAACUAAAUGUGCCCAAGAAUGGGUCGUUGAACAUAGGAAAGAUAAAAACAGAGCAAUGUACUGGUAUUUAUAAUUUUCAGACAAAUACCAUGCCUGUACCUUUCUUUUAGACACUCCACAAGUUACCGAGAGAAAUAAGACCUACCUAGUUUCCCCAGGAGAAUCUGCCACUCUCACCUGCCCUGUUGAUGGGAACCCUCCACCUUCCGUCCAAUGGUACAAAGGAAAUGACAACAUUCGUCAACCGUUACAUACAGGAAUAGAAUGGGAACUUAGUCAGGCCACGUCAAGUGAUAGUGGCUUGUAUACCUGUUCUGCGAGUAAUUCUGUUGGGACCGUUACAACCACUGUGAUACUCAAAGUUGGUGAGUAGCACGCUCGGGUAGGUUAGUGUGGGUACUCAAGAGAAGUUUGGGUAGAGGUGUGUAAAUUGUCGGCACCACACAUGUAGAUCUCCACACUUCUUUCAAAAGGCUUCCGGUUGAAAAUGAUACCCUGCUCAAAAAGCCUAAUUGUGCAAAUAAAGCGGCACAUACCAGUUUAGACCAAAUACAUAAGGGAGUGCACUCCGGAUAACAUGAGAAAUUCAGAAAUAUCUUAACUUUCCAGGCUAGUUUACUCCUUCAAUGCUAAAUUUAGGACGGUAGCAUGCGCAAGUACACUGUUUGUUAACGGUAAGUUAUAUAUAAAUGCCAUUGUCUUGGAUGCCGAGGACUGCUGUAGGUGGUGAUGGGCAGGUCCCUACUGUCCGUACUGCGUAUCUCUGUGUGAUAUAAGCGAAUUUCGUACUCAGACCGCUUUCCAUAAGAUUGUUGAAUCUCUACCAUCAAAGACAGUAACUAGCUUUCAACUGUUUACUUGUAGAAGAAGCCACAACAACUGCAUACCCAUCUUCGUCAACAAGUAAGUGACGUAUUUGUACGUGUAAAUGUAGUAAAUGCGGGGAAAACAUGUUUUACCUGAAGAUUAUCAGCUUGGUACCAAGAAUGCCCAGACAAAAUCUUCAUCUUAUCGCUGGAAACGACAAAGACAGAAAUGUUCCUCAGUAUAGGCAGUACAUAGCUUCAUGAGUAAGCUCUUCGUAAGGCUUUGACUGACGCUGUUAAAACAAUCUAUAAAAAGGCUGGGAAAUGAUUGCCUGCGCCGCAUACGAAACUACAAAACUCUCGUUAAGUCCGUCUGCGAAACAGCGUCGAAAUUCUGGGCCCUAUCUGUGUACCAGGAUGUCAGUACACGCAAUGAUCAACCUGUUAAAAAAGCUACUGUCGAUUUGCCAAUCAAGAUGAUGGGGAAUUCGAGACGCUUUACCGGUAAUUUGUGAAGUCCUUUGGGGGCCCAGAACAAGGAUAUCGGCUCUUCUUCGCAGAAGUUACUAAUUAACCGAGGUUAAAUUACCUCUGCGACGUAGGCUAAAAAAUGAUAGUUUUGUGGUGAGAAGAACUACGACACAGCCGCCUUGCGUAUUACAUUGUAAAUGAUAAUAUUUUUUGUUAUAAAACACCGCCACGACCAACAACAAGGCUAUAGUGGGAAAACCGUCUUGAACGUCACUGUAAGUGGUUUUGAUCUCUCGUAACGGAGCUCUAGCGCGCGAAGCGCGCUUGCGGAGCCCCAUGGGUAAGUAAAUCUACCCAUCCAAGAAACUCUGGUAAUCACGUGACAGUACACCACUCACCCUCCCGCCAAACCAUCCAUCCGCACCAAAGGAAAACCAAUGUUCAAUCUCACACUUUCUAGCUAGUCUGGGAGCACAGGAAGACUGAUAUUGCACACAUAUUGCACAUCAAUCUUGUGAUCGAUUUACCGCUGUCAGAACAUGGUAUCCGCUGACCAGUAUCACCUGACCGUAUCGCGGGCUCAGGUGUUGACCCUUCGAGGUCGAGUAUCUUUUUUAAGUUAUCCGCUGACAAGUUACUAGUUUUCAACUGAUCGCAGGCUCAAGUUUACUUUUUUUGUUUAAUUCAUAAGAAAUAUGUUGCGUUUUAUAUGUGCCGCACAAUUAAAAUUUUAAUUUCAAACUGACCUCGGAAGCUAAAAUUCAGCCAGGUUUUACAAGCAGGGAAGACAUGCCAGUUGCAUUUGACUUUUCUCACCAAGGUCACGCGUUGGUCACACUCUACGUCCAAUUUUUAUGCUCUGAUUGUUCAAAAUUUGACAGGUGAGUUCAUGCGGAAAAUGUAUGCAGCAUCUUGAAACUUGUUUACUUUGACAGCAGAAGCUGACGGAUUUUUGUGUCAAAUUGUGAUGUUUUUAACUGUCGUUUUCCACUGAAUGUACAAAAUAAAAUUCAGCUGCUAUCAAGAGUCUUCUGAUAUUCAUGGCUAGUUUGUUUAUUGGGUUUUUGGUUGAGAAAUACGUCGCUUGUCAAAGUCGGAAAUCCGAUUUCGGGUGGCAUCGUUUUCGUUUUUCACCUUGCUUGAUGCGUAAGAGGGUUGAAAAGUCUGAAGCGAUUUAGGCCUUACUUGAUAGUUUUUUGUACUUCACGAUUGGUAAGCCUGAGUAAUCAUUGUAUUUGGUGUUUGUUUUUUAUAUCUAAUGUAAUAAAGUCGAGCGUAGUUUAUGGGGCUAUUUAUUUUAUGCACGUUUGUAAGAUUUGAGACAAUGAUCUGACCUAGUAUCAGGUUUGAUUAUAAGCUUAUAGAACGUUAAAAAGCCUUUAUACAUUUUCUCACCGCAAAUAGAAAGAAAACGUUCCAAAGAAUAUUUAGUUAUAAUUCUGGCUGUAAAAGAAAGCCCUGAGCGAUUUUCUUGCCUCGAGUUCAUCUUUGAAAAAAGCAAACACCAGGACGCCGGCUUAAAACAUAAACUAGAACCACUACGUGGAACUUACCGGGGCCCAGUGGGAUACGGGAUUGCAUAGAUAUAGUUUACCUCUCGCACCCCUCCCCCCUCCUCUGUGGAGGCUAAUACUUAGUCUGAAUUAACUCAUGCAGAAGAAAAGCAACAAAAUGCAUGAGAAAGGAGGAUGUUGUUGUAAGUUUGUUCAGUGUUAUUACAGCUAACGGUCUGUGUUAUAGUAGUGUUUUUAGUAACACUGUGAUGUCAAUAAGUGUGAUCUGUAUAAGGUUUUCAUUUGUUUUUAAGUUUGAGUGAAAAAGCAAAAAUCACUGACAGUUUUGGGUUGAAUGGUAAUGACAAAGUUUGCAAAGAAGUUUGUUACACUUACAGAAUUAUCACAAUUUCACAUUUUCUCAAGUACGUUAUCAUCAGGUUUAUCAUUGAGAUUUAUUAAUCACAUUUAUCUAUUUUUUGCGAAAACACUGUGAAUUUGAAAUGAUAACAGACAUAAGACAUUUUUGAAAUAGAUCUUUGUGGUCAUGGAUUGUUGUCUUGCACUGUAAAAAAUGUCAUCCAGUGUUAUAUACAGACAUAAUAAAAUGCUUAUUUAUUGAUGACCGAGUAUCAUUUGUUAAUUCAUUGCACAUUGAAAUGGAGGCACUUGAUUGUAAGGCAGUGGUUGAUACAUAGUGGCAUUCAUCAAUAUGGCCUAUAGUAAUUAUUGUAGAGGAAGUAUUUCUUUCCUGAACUGGGUAAACAGUAGUAUAUCUGCAACUGCUUGAAUGAUAAGUGCAUCAGCCCAUGUACCUUGAAUACACAUAUUAUUCAGAUAUCUUAUCCAUGAAUUUUCGGUAUUGCUCUCAAUAAAUCUCUCAGGAUUGUCUCUCAUAAAUUGAACCCCAGCAGUACGUAUAUGCAUGUGAUGGUUGCUUUUGCCAUAUAAUUGAUGUGAUACAGAUCUAAAGAAACAAUCACCUGCACCGCCAACAUCUAUUGAUUGUAAACAAAGUGCACCUAAUCUUGACUGCAUCAAAUUCUGAGAGGAAAUAGGAGAGUUCAACUGCAUUGGUUGAGGUCACUAGAGAAAGUUUACUAUAGUAAACUCAAGUUUACCAUAGUAAACGGCGCCGUAAGUGUGACCGGCAUUUUUCAGUUUACAAUGGUAAACUCUACCCUGGUUAAUUUCCAUGACUACCGCGGAAAGAACAAAGAUGACCCAUCACCGAUAACCAUCUGGUUACCAAAAAAAAUAGGUGGGUAUAUCUCUAGUCUAUCUAAACUUUGUUUGUUUUGUUGACAGUUUGUCAUGAUUUUUGAGGAAAGUAGUUUCAAAAAGGGUCACAUAACAGAAUAGCUUUAGAACAUCGGUGAUUGCUUUUUCCACAGUGCUUGAAGGUUUCUGUUUCUGUACAUUUCUUCAAACCAUUCCUGGGGUCGAGGUUAAACCCACGCUUGCCUUCGCAAUGCCGCUCUUUCUCUAAGAAUACGUCUUCGAUGAGUAAUCAAUAAACCUGUCACUAAAACAUCUUCACUAACUUCGUAUUCGAAACCAAGGUAGGUAAUGAGGGAGCGCAUUCUUCUUGCUCGUCUGAGCAGCAGAAUUAAAAGCAAAAUGCUCACAACAGAAAACAAUACUCUCUCACAUUGAAGCAUCUUUGUACACUUGUGAGGGUCACGCUCAGGAAGUUACAGUUCAGUAAUUUCAAUUUAGUCAGCUCUCAUAGCAGGUCAUCAUUUGUUUUACUUUUCACUCUCACGUUACCGAUCACGCGAGAAAAAACGCCUGGAAAGUUUCAAAUGCCUUUUUAAGUGGACCUGUCAGGUUUACUACGGUAAAGAAGACGUUGCGAGACUUACCAUAGUAAAGCCCUUUUUACCAUAGUAAAGUCUCUAGUGUGACCUCAACCAAUGUUGAGCUGUGAUUUUGCAUAGAAGGUCUAAUUAUUACUUCAUGAUGAUCAGUGUUGUAUUGAGUAGGUCCUGGAUUCUUCUCAACAUCUUUACUUAGUUUGAAAUUCACAUAAUUGGUCAUAUGACUCACACAAUUGCAAGAAAACAAUGAUAAAGAUCGACGUGCUUUACAUUAUUUUUAGUUUCAUUAUCCUGUGAUAAUGCCUGCUAAAGAAAGACAACAAAUAAGCUUUCUUGGGUAUAGCCAUUUUAUUUAAGUUAAUUAUCUUUGGAUCGCGUUUGUUAUUACAUUUAUAUCGUGCAUGAUAAAGUUUUCUCACCUUAUUAACAUAGCGAUGGAGCUUUGAAGUCUUCGGUAUGUCAAUCAUUGAAAUCUUUUUGAAGACAAAUUUUGAUAAGUGUUCGCUUUGAUUCUCGAUAAAUUUCACGAUGGAAGGUUCACUCAAUUUCUCGAUAAGUUUCACGAUGGAAGGUUCAGUCUCAGAAGUGAUCGCUCGUAAAUUUGUCUCUCCAAAUAUUCACUCUUAAAUUUUCGCUCAUAAACUAGUUGGGUUGGGGGAACGUGUCGUUCCCCAAAAAAGCUAUAAUCUUUCUCUUGACUGUCCUCCAUGCCUCUUCUUUUCAAAAUGGCGGAUAAGAUUUCAAUGAGCCAGCGAUAUAUCUCAGUCAGCGAUAUAUCCCUAACAAUGUAACGUUGAAAAAACGGACGGUCUGCAUUUUAAGACCGGUGCCAGCCUUCGGCUGGGCCCCGGUAACAAGGAUUUACAGAGACAGUUUAAUACUUGUCUUCGUGAGUGAAAAUUGUUGUCUCUGUAUAUGUUUCACCGAAUUAUUUUCCUUUUAUUGAUUGUUAGUGGUCUCUUCUGCAAUUUUAAUCGCUUUGCCGUUUGUUUUCAGUCGCUCAUGAACAUCGCUUGCAGGAGUAGUCAAAAUGCCUCGCGUAUCAAAUGCUUUUGAAGAUUACACAUCGUUAUAAAGCCAUUAUGUUGAAGCUUAUAACUCUAGCUAUUAAUCUUAAUUUAAACAGUCGAUUUUGGCGCUUGUCAAAAGUGAGAACCGGCUCGCCGUAUGGGUGAUUUUGGAAAUUUUUUUAACGGUUUCGCUAACGCGUGCUUCUAUCGUCCUGAAUAUUGAAUGAGUGCAAUUUGUAUAGGUAAGGUAUAGGUAGGUCACAUGAUUUCGGGUGCAAUUUGGAAUAAAUAAGCACGAGUAAAUUUUUCAAAGAAAAAUUUACAAGCGUUUAUUUAUUCCAAAUUACACGAGAAAAAUCAUGUGAUUACUUAUUAAUAUAAUAAUAUACACGAAAAACAUAACUACAACAACAAAUUUUGAUAGAGCGCGCGUUUUUAGUUUAUUCAACUGAUUGUUUGAAACAGACUACUACCUUUGUCAAAUUCAAACUUUUUCAAGACCAACGCUUUCAAAAUAAUUCAGCUAAGAACUUGGAAAUGUGCAAGGAUUGAUUUUACAUGGUCACCAGCCUGUUAAAGAUAACUCGGUUCACAAUAAUCAGCAAAAGUAAGUGUUUUUAAAUUCAUCCUCGAUUACGAGAGCUCUGCGUCGGAAGUAUACUGCCGUUUUGAAAUCAGGAGAACGCUUCGAGCAGCCAAAGAUGAAAGACACUUGCUGAGUUGUUUAACGCCCCAUCAUUGUCUGUUCCUGAAACCCCAUCAUAGCUGGAUGAUUCAUAACAUGAUUCAUGGAGAAAUUUUUGAGAUUUAAAACCCGAAAAUGAAGGAGGCAUUGACGCUGGCAUAGAUGGGUGAGUGGAGCCACAGUUGUUGUGAUGUCGGAAACUGCCACUAUUAAUAUAAUAUUUGCUUUUUCUUAGCGCUGGUGUUUUCAUUAUUCAUUUGGAUAUUGCAAGAGAGAGUCAUCGUCGCUCUUCUUCGUCGGAUUCAUCGUAGUCGUUGAGGAAAUUUAUACCUCUGUGGCCUGUGAAAUUGGCAAUAUAUUCUGAAGUUACAAUGUUUGCUUUCUUCAGCUUGCUGACUGUUGUUUAUCUUACACUAUGACUCGUAAACUUUAGCUAGUACCAGCUAUGGAUAAUUUCAUUAUGUUAGUUAUGAUAUUUUCGCCCAUUGGUUUAGUUUGAACCAGAUGUUUAAGUUUCGGUUUCCUUUGCUACUGAGGUAGAAAGAGACAGACCUUCGCAUGGAUUUUUUAAUAGAGGUCGUCGCUCCACAAAAGACUUAAAGAGAGCAACCUGACACCUUUCUCAGUCCUCCAACAAAUAACGUACGUGACUUAGAAUCCCUGUUGUUAUCAAGGAAAACUUCUAUCCUUAUUCAUUUAAAUGCUGAAAAGUGUAUCUGUCAUGGCUUACGUGUGGUUGCCACCUUGUUUGUUUUGUAUUUUUUACUUUGGCGUAGUCGUUUAUAAGAAGCUUAUUUAGUUUCUCUCGCUCAUUUUCCUCGAUUUUGUUGACUGUAUUUAUCUCUUACCACCGAAUUCUCCUUAGAUUUAGCCAGAAAAAAGUAGAAGACUCUUGAUAGCAGCUGAAUUUCAUUUUGUACAAUGUUUAGUGGAAAAAGACAGUUAAAAACAUCGCAAGUUGUCACAAAACUCUGGCAGCUUCUGCUGUCAAAGUAAACAAGUUUCAAGAUGCUGCAUAAAUUUUCGGCAUGAACUCACCUGUCAAAUUUUGACCAAUCAGAGCAUAAACAUUGGACAUAGAGCGUGACCAACGCGUGACCUUGGUGAGAAAAGUCAAAAGCAACUGGCAUGUCUUCCCUGCCAAUAAAAACUGGCUGAAUCUUAGCUUCCGAGGUCAGUUUGAAAUCAAAGUUUUAAUUGUGCGGCACAUAUAAAACACAACAUAUUUCAUAUGAAUUGAAAAAAUUAAACUUGAACCUGCAAUCUUUUGAAAACUAGUAACUUGUCAGCGGAUAACUUCAAAAAAUGCUUGACCUCGAUAGGUCGACACCUGAGCCCGCGGUACGGUCAACGGACCCUGUUUUGACAGCUGUCAAUUGAUCACAACAUUGAUGUGCAAUAUGUGUGCAAUAUCAGUCUUCCUGUGCUCCCAAACUUGCUAGAAAGUGUGGGAUUGAACAUUGGUUUCCCUGUGGUGCGGACAGACGGGCAGCGGGCGGGCGGUGUACGGUCACGUGAUUACCAAAUUUUUUGGGAUGGGUAGAUUGACUUACCCAUGGUGCUCCGCAGGCGCGCUUCGCGCGCCAGAGCUCCGCUAUUAACCAUAGUAGCGCGUCGCCUUAACGACUGGUAAAUGGCAAUUUCACUUACCUUGUGUUCUGGCUUUAUUGGCGGUCAAGCAGCUGCAGGCAACAAUUACAGUUUGCAAUGACUACUUUGGAAUAGCUCACUAUACACUCUGUUUCCAUCCUUCCCUCCCGAAGAAAUGCAUGCUAUUGUUUUCAAUUGCUUUCGGGAAUAUGGAGUCCUUGCUUCCUAGUUUAUGCAACUUGUAAAGGUAAUAGCAUGAUUUGUUGUGAUAUUUGGCAUAAAUACCACGAGUGAUAUUUCGAAAUUGUUUUACGUAAUUUCAUGAGCCGUUUGGCGAGUGAAAUUUUAGGCAAUUUUGAAAUAUCAGAAGUGGUAUCAUGAUGUCAAAUAUCACGUACAAAUCAUGAUAGCGGAGCAACACGCGCGAAAGCGCGCGCGUGGGCGGAGCCCCAUAGCUAAGUCAAUCUACCCAUCCCAGAAAAUUUGGUAAUCACGUGACCGUACACCGACCGACCGCCCGCCGACCGUCCGUCCGCACCACAGGAUAACCAAUGUUUGCUCUCACACUUUUAGCUAGUUUGGGAGCUCAAGAGAAAACUAAUUGCACAUCAAUGUUGUGAUCAAUUGACAGCUAUCAAAACAGGGCAUCCGCUGACCAGUAUCACCUGACCGUGCCGCGGGCUCAAGUGUCGACCCAUCGAGUUAUCCGCUGACAAAUUACCAGUUUCAAAUGAUCGCAGGCUGAAGUUUAUUUUUUCCAAGAAUUCAUAUCAAAUAUGUUGUGUUUAUGUCACUAUGGCCCCGCACUAUUAGGAUUUUGAUUUCAAACUGACCUCGGAAGGGAAAAUUCAUCCAGUUUUUUUAAAAGUACAGGCGGGGAAGACCUUAUCUUACCAUGGUCACGCGUUGGUCACGCUCUACGUCCAAUUUUUAUACUCUGAUUGGUCAAGAUUUGAUAGGUGAGUUCAUGCGGAAAAAUUAUGCAGCAUCUUGAAAGCUGUUUACUUUGCCAGCUGAAGCUGACAGAGUUUUGUGUCAACUUGAGAUGUUUUUAACGUUUUUUUUCCCUCUGGAUGUACAAAAUGAAAUACAGCUGCUCAUCAUUAUUAUUCUGUUAUUCAUGGCUGGUUUGUUUACUGGGUUUUUGGUUGAGAAAUGCGUCGCUUGUCAAAAUUCGGUAAUUCGAUUGCGGAUGGCAUCGUUUUCGUUUUUCACCUUGCUUAGUAAGAGGGUUUAAAAGUCUCAAGCAACUGUGGCCUUCCUUGAUAGCUUUCAGGAACUGAAUCUCGAAUGCUAAACCUAAGUAAUUAUUGUAUUUGAUGUUUGUUUUUGAAGUCUUGCAUAGUUCACGCUGACGGUUUAUGCGGCAAUGAUCUGACCUAGUAUCAGGUUUGAUAUAAGCUUACAGAACUUUAAACAGCCUUCAGAUAUAUUUGCUCACCACAAAUAGAAAGAAAACUUUCCGAAGAAUAUUUAGUUAUAAAUUUGGCUGUAGAAAGAAAACUGUGAGCGAUUUUCUUGCUUCGAGGAGUUCACCUUUGAAAACAGUAAACACCGCGCCGGGAAGCAGGCUUAGCUUUACGCUUAAAGACUCAGGAUUUUUAGAGACACUUUAGUACGUGUCUUCGUGAAUGAAAAUUGUUGUCUCUGUAAAUGUUUCACGGAAUUAUAUCUCUUUUUUUGAUUGUUAGUAAUCUCUCUUGCAAUUUUAAUCGCUUCUUCGUGCCGUUUGUUUUCAUCGUUCAUGACCAUCGCUUGCAGGAGUACUCAAAAAUGUCGCGCGUAUCAAACGCUUUAUAAGAUUACACAUCGUUAUAACUGAAACCAUUAAAUAACAAAACAAAUAAUAAUAAAUUCGCUAUUAUGUUGAAGCGUAACUCUGUUAAAGUUCAUUCAAAAACUCGACCACACUGACAGCUCGCACUAUAGAAACGAGAACCAGCUGGCCGUAUGGGUGAUUUUGGAAAUUUCUGGACGGUUUCGCUUAAAGCCCACGAUUGAUCGUCCUGAAUAUUGACUGAGUGCAAUUUGUCUUGAAAAAUUGUGAAAUACCGCAUUCUGUCUUAGGUGUGUAUGGUAAAUAGUACUGUUUCACCUCAAAUGUGAUGUAUAAAAAUUAUAAAAGGUUGAUUUAAACACCCCCAGAUUUGUUGGCAAGAAUUUGUAAAAUAAACCUGUCGAACGCAAAAAAAAUUGGCGUGAUUUGUUUUCCAAGAAUUUGUUUUCGAGGCCUAAUCUACUGUGAUCUUGAAUGUGAUCGAAGAUGUUUGCUAUUUUUUGGGUGUACAUAUAAGGUUAUUAAAUGGGUGUAAGAUGUUUCACUCUAAAAUAACUUACCCUUUCCCUCAAAAGUCACAUGAAUGUGCCCUUAAAGCUCCUUAAGUUAACUGAUUUGUGGAUUAAAAGUUUAUUGUUCGAUUUAAAUUAUUAAUUUAUUAAUUGGAGCUUCACUUUUAGCCCUGGCUAAAUCUAUAUAUUAUUGUUUCUUAAUACUACUAAUCACAAAAGGUUUGUAAUUUUCACACGUAGGUAUUUCAAAUUAAGCUGAAAUACCACUGCUCUAAGCCAAUCAAAAUGCAGAAAUUUCUCAUGUAGUACCAUAAGGGGGCAAACUGAUUGUAUUUUGAAGCAUUAAAAUAUAUACAAUACAAACAAACAGUGACUGAGCUAGGGAUGACAUUUAUAAGAGCCUUUGCACACUAUCACAAAAGCUUAUGAACAUGACAAAAGCAGCUGGUGGUUGAGAAUCGGCGGUUCAAACUAACAAAGAGAAACUUUGUAACUGUUGUUGUUGACUUUAUACCAAUUACUUUGAGCUUUAUUACUGUUUGUGAUUUGUAGUCCUUUGACAUGUUUUACUGCUAUUGUAAUUUUGUAGACGUUAACUUUCAACUCCAAGUGACGUUAGUAGAUGCUGAAUAUCUCCAAGAUUACGAAAAUCUCAACAGUCAACCUGCACAGGAGUUAAUUAGCAAAUUUGAGACUGAGGUAAUCAACAUGCUGCUGUGUUGCUCAUCAUUAGGGGAAAGCUCUAGUCAAAGAGCUCUUCACCUUAAUGAAAAACGUAAUUAACUUAUUCAACAAUUUUGCCAUAAGCUAGAAACGUGAUUAAACAACAGAACGUAAUGCUCCUUACAAAAGUAGACUGUGGCAUCUCCUGUUGAUCUUUAAAGAUAACUGAGGAGCAGCAAACGCGCGAUCUGGACAAACGUUCUUUCACACGAAAUACCAAGUAGCAAGGCUUCAAUCCACGGAAAAAAAGGGUGUGACUCGUAGUUUUGCAAUCUUAUUACUUAAAAGGAUAAUAAGAGACUGGUGGAAAUUUUUAAAUUAGUUGCAAGGGGUCCCCAACCGGAGUCCCCAACCCAUCCUAGAUACAAAAUGGACGCAGUCCAACCCAAUCUAGAUUGAAAUUACAAAAUACAUUGCAGAGUUACUCUCAGCCAAAAAUGUGAGCUGAGGAUGCAACCAUUAAGUACGCUAGCAAUGACUUUAAGAAAAUAUAGGAGCGGUCUUGACUCACUUUCCCUCUACAUAACACAUUAUAAACUCCCUGACUACGAAAAAGCGAAAAUCUCAUGUUUGACUAAAAUGUAGGAUCACCAUUUACAAAUGGAAACCAUUUUGAACAUCACUAAAAACGAUGAACAAUUGCAGUAUGUCUUUUACCAACAGUUGAUGUGUUGACGUCAGUUUUCCCAGUCGAAAGACGUCUUUCUAUAAAGCAGAGGGUAAUCUUUUAGUUUAAAGAACAGGGCCGAGUUGUUCAAAGCUGGGUUAAGAUAACCCAGGGUUAGCGCGAGAUUUGAAUUCAGAUUUGAAAGCUUAAAAAGCAUUUCCGUUUUAAUUCUUUUUGUCUACAAGUUAAUGAUUAGAAGUUUUAAAAAUAACAGAGAAAAUUAUCCGAGAAAAUGCUUUUGAACACAAGAAAGAAAAAGCCGGGUUAAAUUUAACCCCGGUUUAAGCGCUAAUCGGCCUUCGAACAACUGGGCCCUGAAUUAUAUAUAUAUAUAUAUAUAUAUAUAUAUAUAUAUAUAUAUAUAUAUAUAUGAACGGGAACAGAGUCCUCAGUCGUGAGAAAUCAAAAGUGUCGAUUUUUCGAGUCUCGCUCCUCGUAAAAAAAGUUUUGGUAGGUUGUGGAUAGUAACCAUUCAAUGGAAUGUUAUUCAAGACAAAAUGAAAGCAUAAAGCUAAGAGUUGACAUGGUUUCAAUCGUUGCCAUGGCAACGAGGGUGAUUGAAAAGAAUCCUAAAAUUUAAAACUUAUUACUUUUAGGCAAACUUCUUAUGAAUUUCCACAUUUCCCAUAAUAAGUAACCCUCAUGGUUUUUUAGAAGAACUUAACCAAAUUGUAACAAACAGUAAUUUUUAAGAAAAUAGCCUGCAUGAGAAAUUUAGUUGUCACAAAACUCCUUUGAUCAAAAUUUAUUUUGGCCUUUUAUUGACUGAACUGCGAUAUGAACAUAAUUUUAUUUUUCGGCUAUUUUUUAUGCCAGUAAGUAGAUAUUUUCGUACGUUUCUAUUACCUAUAGGGUGGUCUCACUAGCGACGGAGCCGGAGCCGGAGACUGGAUCGUAAGCGGAGUCGUAAGAGCGCUUAUGACCUUGUGAAAAUCAUAAAUCGGGGUCGUAAGCAGAGUCAUAAAAGCGCGACAGAAUCGUUUCCAUUUUCUUCCGACUCCGCUUACGACUCCGUUGCUUACGAUCUAGUGAGAACCAGAUUGUGGGAGUUGGAAAGAGAAGCGGAAGGAUAAUAUAAACCAAUCACAAUGCCCAUUCCCACGCUUUUUGAUUGGUUUAGUUCUUCUGUUUCUGCUUGUGACUCUGACAGCCUAGUUUCCGCGUGAUCGUAAACGACAGCGUAGUAAGCGGAAUCAGAACGCUGUUUUCACUAGAUCGUCAAGUAUUGCUUCUGAUUACGACUCCGACUUCGUAUCUCCUCAUGAUAAAUGAAGAUGUUAACAUGCAAAAUAAAGGAAUAACGCAGUUCUAGAGAACCUGUUUUUGUCCACCGUAGACACCUUAAGCUCAUCCCGAUGCAUUUGUUUAACGAGUAUGCUGCGUGGAUAUGUAAAAAUGCGCUACGUAGUGUUAAUUAGCUCCCAUGACGACAGUUUUAAGUAUAUACAUUUACGAUCACCCGGUAUUAGGGUUAAACUAAAACCAAAAACACCCAAAUGGAGCACGGAAUAAGUUACAGUGAGAAAUUUAAUUGCAGUGUAGGGAAUAAACUUGUGAGUUAAAAAACUGGUGCGUGACUACUCUACUACAACGAAACUUCAUACAUCCAAAUCAGAAGGGAAAACUUGGUUGACUGUAGGGUAUUAUGACAAAAGCGGGUAAAGUCGUGCUUUUUGAAAAUUAAAUUAUUUUCAGGAAUUACAUAUUUUGCUCAUUUAAACGAUUUUAUCUUGCUGGCAAAUUCAAAUUAUAAAAUCUGCUUUUGCCAUUACACACUAGAGGUUUUGACCAAUCAUUUACUUAAAAAAUCAAGGAGUGCUUUCUUCUUCUUCUUAUAUCUGCAAACUUGGACACAAAAUUUGGCAGUACUGUGGCGUUGCCAAAAAGUGCGAUCUAGCAAUAAUAAUAAAAAAAACAACCCUCCAACUUACAUCAUUCCUUAAUGUCUGCAGAAAGUUAUCUAACUCGCCUCCAAAACGUGAACGUUAUAAGGGCGUUUGAAACUGUUCA